UGUUGGCGGGAGUCAAAUAUCUUGAGAAUCAGGUGAAGGAAUUUCACCUUUGACCCGGAAUAGUUCACCUCUGACCCCUCGCUACGACGAAACCAGAAAGCAGCCCGAGUCCAGGUUUACGCGAGGAGAAAAACCGUCAUAGGAAGCUGGCUGAACAUGGCAACGUCAUGGCAUGGGUCUCUCAUCGAAGUAGAACAAAAUUGCUGGAAUGAGUCUCCCACCGGGGUUUUCCUGUUGGACUUCAACCCCACAUCAAGCAAUGCUGAAGACCAGGCAGCAGACCAAAAGGUCAACUUGAACACUGCUAGUCACGUAAGUGAGCAGGCAGGAGACAAACCAUACAAUUGUGAUCGCUGUGACUUUUCUACAUCAUGGAAAUCUCACUUGGACCGUCAUCUAGCAAUUCACUCUGGAGAAAAGCACUACAUGUGUGGGGAGUGUGGGUACAGGACAACUAAAAAAAUCUAACUUAGUACAGCAUAUGAGAAUCCAUACAGGAGAAAAACCCUACAAGUGUGACCAGUGCGACUAUUCUACAGCAUGGAAAACCCAUUUAGUCGAGCAUCGCACAAAACACACUGGCGAGCAACCCUAUAUGUGUGGGGAGUGUGGCUACAGGACAGGUUAUAAAUCUAGCUUGUCCAAACAUAUGAGAAUCCAUACAGGUGAAAAACCCUACAAGUGUGACCAGUGCGACUAUUCUGCAGCACGGAAAUCCGAUUUGGUUCAGCAUCGCACAAAACACACGGGUGAAAACCCCUAUAUGUGUGGGGAGUGCGGAUAUAGGACAGUUCAAAAGUCUAAGUUAUCCAUACAUAUGAGAAUCCAUACUGGAGAAAAACCCUACAAGUGUGACCAGUACGACUAUUCUGCAUCUCGAAAACCCCAUCUUGAACAUCAUAUUGCAGGAAAGCACACCGGUAGGAAACCCUUCAUGUGUGGGGAGUGUGGGUACAGGGCGGCUCAUACAUCUAAGCUAUCAAUACAUAUGCGAACCCAUACUGGAGAAAAACCCUACAAGUGUGACCAGUGUGACUAUGCUGCAUCACGGAAACACCAUUUGGACGAGCAUCGCACAAAACACACGGACGACAAACCCUACAUGUGUGGAGAGUGUGGGUACAGGACAGCUCGGAAGUCUGACUUAUCCAAACAUAUGAGAAUCCAUUCAGAUGAAAAACCCUACAAGUGUGACCAGUGCGACUAUUCUGCAACACGGAAAGUCAAUUUAGGUAUCCAUCAAACAACACAUACAGGGGACAAACCCUACAUGUGUGGGGAGUGUGGGUACAGAGCAGCUACAAGGUGUACGUUAUCCAAACAUAUGAGAACCCACACAGGAGAAAAACCCUACAAGUGUGAGCAGUGUGACUAUUCUGCAGCACAGAAGCCCCACCUGGACUACCAUAUGGCAGCGAAGCACACCGGUGAGAAACCCUUCAUGUGUGGGGAGUGUGGGUACAGGACAGCUCAAAAGUCCACCUUAUCCCAACACAUGAGAACCCAUACAGGAGAAAAACCCCACAAGUGUGACCAGUGUGACUAUUCUGCAACACAGAAAUCAAGUUUGAACAAACAUUUAGCAAAACACACCGGCGAGAAACCAUACAUGUGUGGAGAUUGUGGGUUUAGGACAGCUUGGAAGUCAACCUUGUCCAAGCACAUGAGAACCCAUACAAGGGAAUGACUAAAUAAGGAUAAUUCGUUUUUUUUUUUUGCAGUUCUUUACAAAACACAUGAAAAAAACACAGUGUGGUCAAGGUCACUACUCUGCGAUGUGUGACUGAAAUUUGAUCUGAGACAUAAAAACUGAUGACGAACCGGCUUUGCGGAGAGCCUGGAUACAGGACAAGUGACAGAUUAUCCCUGUGCGGCUAUCCCGGAAAUCAAGGGUGCUUCUCAUCUGAUUAUCUAUAGUGUGGACUUGAAAGGUGAUGCUGCAUGAGAAACGUAUCUUAAACUUCUCAAGUUGAUGUAUCGAAAUUCUACUGUUUAAGGUAGAAUUAUUGAUAGAUGACUUGAUAGAUGCGCAUAGGAUAAGUAGAUAGACAUUUUCAGAUAGGCUGUCCAAAGCAUGGACUUUGGACGAUAUAUAACAAAGUAUCAAAAACUAAUGGUUUGUUAUAUACAUGUGUAUCUAACAUUUGUACCGUUUUGAAAUGAUAUUUUCUCUACUUGCUUUGCAUAUAUACUGUUUUAGAAACAGUCUAACCUGUAGUGAAUACUAAAAGAAAAUAAGCGACCACACAAAAGCAGUGGUCUCGGUGAAAUGAUUUUACUGCUGUUUGUCAGCUAACCUGCAAUGUGAUCGAGAAAUGAAGGAGUAGAAAUGUAAUAUGGUAGAUAUGUAGUUUUAUAGAAUAGUUUUUUUUACAAACUUGUUGUUUUCUGAUAAUUCCUGUUAUUAUUGUUAAGGAGGAAACUUUACACUUGAGUUCGUUUUAUCUAACUCGUACCCUCUAAUCUAUGUAUUACUAAGUUAGUAUAGUCCAUCAUUAAUAUGAAGUAUACUCCAUGAAGCUGUGUGAGAAUUUAGAAGUAACACAACCUCUGGCACCACCACCCGUGGAAUACCAACCCCACUGUCUGUAGUGCUAACUCAAUAGAAUACAAGAUUU